GACUGACUCCUUUUUCUAGUUUAUUGUCAUCAUUUGAAACGCGGCAAUUAUUCUUAUACACAAAAGUUUGCAGCCCAAACCUUCUUCUAAACCUACAACGACAGAAUGAAUCGUCAUUUCAGAACUCCACGGCUGACUUCUGGUAUCCUCUUCUCUCCGCCGGCUGGUAUUGACGCACAGCCAGAUGUCUGGAGUCCCAAAAGAAAAAGGAAAUUCCAACAUUUCGUUCAAGGUUCGGUGGAGCAUGGCGAGGAAUUACAAGGCGUACCAAGUGGUUCCGUGACGGAAUAUGAAGAUGAUUCUCCGACUCAUGGCGGCCCUUACUCUGUUUUCCCCCCCUUCAUUCAAACGACACACAUGAAACCUUCCCCUCUUCAGGCCCUACCAGAAGAUAGGUCCAAGCUACCGCUAUUACCCUCUUCUUCAAAGACUCUUACUUUGUGUCUCCCAAUCCUAAGAGUUUCUAUUGACAUCUCCAUCGAUGGGACGAUUUCGUACACGAGGCUCACACAGAUUUUCCACAACCCAUCAGAGCUCGGCAUUCCCGAAGCGCAACACACGUUUCCCCUAUAUUACGAUGAGGUCGUCACGUCUUUUGAGUGCAGAAUUGGCGGCUCACGACGCCUACAAGGAGUGGUGAAGCCAAAGGCGCAAGCAAAACGCGAAUUCGAAGAGUCCAAAGCAAAGAAGAGAGAGGUUGCAGCCCUACUAGAGGAGCUUACCCCAGAGGUUUUUGAGACCUCUCUGGGUAAUAUUCCCGCCAACACGACAGUCGAAAUUAGUUUGACUUAUGUGCACGAGCUCAAGGUUGUCACAAGUAAAGAAGAGAAGUCUGAGGGUCUUGCUAUUACAAUACCGACGUCAGUUGCUCCUCGAUAUGCGACUUCUGCAAACCCAGUGACUUUACCUGAAGUGUCGAGUGAUAUGCUAGAGAUAACUAUCAGAGUUUUCGAUGAUGGCACUAUUGAUCCUGUCUGCUGCCAUGUCGAAUCCAGCCAUUUAUCUACCAUAUAUCAAGGUUUGAAGCCAAGCAGCAACGUACAUGUACCUAUUGCGAAUAUCGCUGAGUUACAGAGCUUAAAUUCAGCAGCCACCGGUACACCGAAGCUGCAGCAUGUAUGGAAAUAUUCGUCCAAGUCACAGCCUGCUCUUAAAGGCAAUUUUGUUUUUGUCAUCCAGAUGCUUGAUGAGUCUCGUCUUCAAUCGCGUGCUGUCAUCACGCCCGCAAACGAUCUGGGCCACGCUGCACUAAUGGUCAGCCUUCGUCCAAAUGACCUCUUUGGCAGCGCAGUUCGUCCGGACUUGUUCAAGGGUGAGAUUCUCUUCGUCCUUGACCGGUCUGAGUCUAUGGGCUGGACACAAUCAGGCACCGAUAGACGGAAGAUUGAGACAAUGAGAAACGCCAUGUCUCUGGCGCUGUCUGGAUUGCCUUCUUCCUGCAGGUUCAAUAUCAUUUCAUUUGGUAGUGAAGUGCGCGGUAUGUGGAUUCGGUCGAAGAAAGCCGACGAACCCGAAAGUCUAUCGGAUGGCAGAGAGUAUCUGGCCAGUGUCAAAGCAGACAUGGGAGGAACCCAAGUCUUACUGGCUUUACAGGGAGCAGUAAAUAAUCGCGAGCCCAGCUGUCCUUCAACGCAGAUUAUUCUCAUCACCGAUGGUGAAAUUGACAACGUACAACACAGUUCGAUAUUGAAGUAUGUCUGGGAAACUCGUCAGAAACAUGGCGAGAAGAUCCGUUUCUUCACGCUUGGCAUAGGUGAUUCUGUCUCGCACAGCGUCAUGGAGAGUGUUGCAGAAUUGGGUGGCGGAUAUUGCGACGUUGUCGAUGUCGUCAAGAACGCUCGUUGGGAAGGCCGUCUUAAUCGCAUGCUACGGUCAGUCAUGGAGCCAGACGCAUGGACUUGUGACAUCGAUCUCGGCUCAAGAUACAAAAGGCAAAGUCUGGUUGCCUCCAAGUUCGGGGCUGAUGGCAGAGACGAAACAGACGUGAUAUUUUACGCCCACGAAAAUACCAUUCAUCCGCUAGCAGUCAAGAUGAUUCUAAGCAAUCUUGAAGACGAAGUCAAAAGAGCAGGUACUAGUGAAGAGCAGGCACGCCUCAAUGCCGAGUGUCUGGGAACGAGAUACGCCAUCUCGAGCAAUUGGACAAGCUUCGUUGCUGUGGCUGACGAAAGUAUGGAGCAGACUCGCCAGAUUGAAACCUAUAAAAGUCUUUUCAAGGAGGCAGAUAUCCAUGAAUUGUUAGUUCCAGAGACUGAAGAAUUCUCUGAAGUGUUUGGCCGUCAUCGUAUCGAAAUACGCGUAAUUUUAUGGACUCUCCCGCCAAUAUGGAAAGUGUACAACAUUUGCAGAAUAUGCUCUGCUCAAGGUCAAUACCUGAGAAAAUCUUGCCAAGCCCAAGCGCCAAUACAUACAAAAUAGGAAUGAAUAGCCAGGGGAACCCAAAGUGGCCCUUUAGUCGAGUACACUGACAAUGUUCAAGUACAGUCUCUUUUGUCGGCUAUUGAAGCCGACAAGAAAGCACUGGAUGAACUGAUAAUUGACCGUAACAGCAACAAGGCACAACCCAUUUCAAUGGACAACAAUGUGAGGAGCUAUACACCACAAACACGUAAAUCUCAGUCUUAUUCUGCCGCUGUCAGAGACGAUAAUGAUGUGGCCAAUUCCUAUCCUACGCGUCAGGAUCAUCCUCUAUUGGCUCUUGGAGAAACUAUUUACUCUACUACAUCUUCGAUAAACGUGGGAACAGCUCCAAAUCACGAAGAUGUCCUUUUCUACGAACCGUCUGGAGAUGGGCCUAUUACAUGGCAAGAUGCUGCAGGAUGUGAAAACCGUGGCAUAUU